AUCUGUUGAAAUUAUACCGUACUAUUUUAGACUAGUCAGCGAAGUGACACGAUUGCUGUAGCGGACAGCAGACUUUCUGACUGUGUAGACUAGAGGCUUCGAAACUAAUUUUUUUAAAGAAUCUUUUACGUGUUAACCGCAGGACAGCUAGCUAGAAAGAGUAGGAGGUUGUAGGCGAAGGGCUCUCGCAGUUUUCAAAUGGCCACGCUCGAGGACAAAUCUAUUUGGGAAGAUGGAGAGGAAACACUGGGAGAGGAUGUUCUACGAAUGUCCACAGAUGAAAUCGUGUCACGUACACGGCUUUUGGAUAAUGAAAUCAAGAUAAUGAAAAGUGAGGUGAUGCGGAUUUCGCAUGAACUCCAAGCACAGAACGAUAAGAUCAAAGAGAAUACGGAGAAGAUCAAGGUGAACAAAACCCUGCCAUACCUAGUAUCCAAUGUCAUCGAGCUAUUAGAUGUCGAUCCACAAGAUAUGGGGGAGGAAGAUGGAGCAGUGGUCGAUUUAGAUGCGCAAAGAAAGGGCAAGUGCGCAGUUAUAAAAACAUCGACUCGCCAGACAUAUUUUUUGCCUGUAAUUGGCCUAGUUGACGCAGAAUCGCUUAAGCCAGGUGACUUGGUAGGCGUCAACAAGGACAGUUAUCUCGUGCUAGAGACUCUGCCAGCCGAAUACGAUGCUAGAGUCAAGGCCAUGGAAGUAGAUGAGAGACCUACUGAGCAGUACUCUGACAUUGGUGGAUUGGACAAACAGAUUCAGGAGCUCAUUGAAGCUGUUGUGUUGCCUAUGACGCACAAGGAGAAAUUCGAGAAUCUGGGAAUACAGCCUCCUAAGGGGGUUCUGCUUUACGGUCCCCCGGGAACUGGAAAGACUCUACUAGCUAGAGCCUGUGCCGCCCAAACGAAAUCUACCUUCUUAAAAUUGGCUGGUCCGCAACUGGUACAAAUGUUUAUUGGUGAUGGUGCAAAGUUAGUAAGAGAUGCAUUCUCAUUGGCCAAGGAAAAGGCUCCGGCGAUAAUAUUCAUCGAUGAACUAGACGCUAUCGGCACAAAACGAUUCGAUUCAGAAAAGGCAGGAGACAGGGAAGUACAACGUACGAUGUUGGAGUUGUUGAAUCAGUUGGAUGGCUUCAGUUCAACCGCCGACAUCAAAGUGAUCGCUGCCACGAACCGAGUCGAUAUCUUGGAUCCGGCCUUAUUGCGAUCCGGACGUUUGGACAGAAAAAUCGAGUUUCCACAUCCUAACGAAGAAGCCAGAGCGCGUAUCAUGCAAAUUCAUUCGCGCAAGAUGAAUAUGUCGCCUGAUGUAAAUUUUGAGGAAUUAUCUAGAUCUACAGAUGAUUUUAACGGAGCACAGUGUAAAGCCGUUUGCGUAGAAGCGGGUAUGAUAGCAUUGCGACGCAACGCAACAGAAGUUACACAUGAAGAUUUGAUGGAAGCUAUUAACGAGGUUCAAGCGAAAAAGAAAGCAAAUUUGAAUUAUUAUGCUUAAUACGCCGUGUCGCGUAUCAUUUAUUUAUUAGGAUAUCUUUUGUAUAAUAAAUAUAGAAACAUCUCUUAUCUCUAUACUUUAUUUAUCAGCAAAUACGAGACAUGCACAAAAAAACUGACUGAAUGUGUAUUUUUCAAAACUGCAUGUAUUAACAGAAAUUUUAAAAAAAAUGGCGCUUAUUUUGGCAAAUCAUAAAUUCUUUUAUACUUGUACUGCUCAGGUUAUUUCACAUUAAAUCGAUAAAUGAAAUCUCAUAUUUGAUGUAUAGAAAUUUUUAUUAAAUAUUACAUAUUUGCAGAUAUAUAAGAUGCAGUAUCAGUGCAAAAAUAAAA